CAGAGUCAGUCGCAGUGGCACUCGAGCGUGAGAGAGUCGCACGCGUCCCCUUGUCUGUUUUACUUAAAAAAGUGAGACAAAUUACUAAAAAAUACGAACACAUCUGUUUUUAAAAAAUCGCGCAACCCAUAAAAAAGUUUUAAUAAUUUAAUCAAUCGAAUACAGACAGAUAUUAAGGAAUUUUUUGCACACCCCACGAGACGAAAAAAAAAAGCACUGGCUUUUUUUUUUCAUUAAAUCAAUUAUCCAGUCGCAGGGGCAGUGAAACAGAUAAUCACCGAUUAUUGACGAUUAUUAUCACGUUUCAUACUUGAUAUUUGGUGGUACGACUUGGUGACAUUUAUUCCCUCGGUAAUAAUCGAACGACAGAAUAACGAACUCAAACGACCUUCGUAAAUUCCCCGCCUCCUACUUCUGUAUUGUCUGGUAUAUUUUGAAAAAGUGAGUGAGGGAUAAAGUAAAUCAACCAAAGGUUAAAUUCGAAAAAUCAAAACAGUACGAGAGUUGAUAUAUAUUCAGGGUGUUUAUAAUUUAUUUUUGUACGAGAAGCCAAUUUCACGUAAUUUUUGUACAUUUAUCUCACCCCAGUACACGAAUAAUACUCCAAUUUUCUGAAAUUCAAGUGACGACUAAUAACAAAGAGAGAAAAAAAAUUGAAAACGACUGAAAUAAACGUGUCAAAUUGAGAAGUGAUUAACAAUAAUUUAUUCGUCAGUACGACAGGGACGAGUGACUCAUUGAUAAGAAUUUAUUUUGGAGUUGGGGAGUUGAGAAUAGAGAAAUAGAAGAUGCCCACCAGUUUAUUUAGCGACAUGGAUCGCAGUGUUUGCAAUGCUGGGGCUGGAUCUCUCGAGGAGCAGCGUGCCCUUCAGCUUGCUUUUGAGCUUUCAAUGUUGAGUAUCGAGGGUACACAGGGAUGUGGUGGAGCUGGUGGUGCUGGUAAUGGUAAUGGCACUAAUUCAGAUCCAAGUGAUCCACUACAGUCAACACCAACCAGUGUCUUCGAGGAGGCUAGAUCCAAGAAGAGUCAGAACAUGACCGAGUGCGUUCCUGUACCCAGCAGCGAACACGUGGCCGAAAUCGUUGGACGACAGGGUUGUAAGAUAAAGGCACUCCGUGCCAAGACAAAUACCUACAUAAAGACACCUGUGCGUGGUGAAGAGCCAGUGUUCGUAGUAACUGGACGAAAAGAGGAUGUUGCACGUGCCAAGCGUGAAAUAUUAUCAGCAGCCGAGCACUUCUCCCAAAUUCGUGCAUCACGCAAGAGUUCUCUAGGUGCACUGCUUGGUACACCACCAGGACCACCAGCAUCAGUUCCAGGACACGUUACAAUUCAGGUACGAGUGCCAUACAGAGUUGUUGGUCUUGUUGUUGGUCCAAAGGGCGCAACGAUCAAAAGAAUUCAGCAUCAGACGCACACGUACAUUGUAACACCAUCGCGUGAUAAGGAGCCAGUGUUCGAGGUGACUGGAUUACCAGAGAGCGUUGAGGCAGCUAAACGUGAAAUUGAAGCGCACAUUGCACUGAGAACUGGUACAACAGCUGGUCCUGGUAUGGUUGGUGAAGAGGUUGAUCUUCUGGGUGCACUUUGUCGAGGUGGUUUGGGCUCUAUUCUCGGUAGUCUCGAUCCACCAGGAUCAAAUGGCUCAAAUGGCUCAAGCAGCGGUGCAUUCUCGAGUAGUGGUAGCUGCAGCAGUUCAUCAAGCAGCUCAGGUGCACCAGGUCUCAACGAUUUAGUGGCUAUUUGGGGUGCUGGAUUGGAGCGUGAUGAGGGACUCGGUGAAUCACCCUCAUUCGAGUCACAGGCAGCAUCAGCAUCAUCAAUAUGGUCAUUUCCUGGUGUUGCACUUCCAUCAAGGCCAUCGCCACCAGCAUCAGCUAGUCCAGCUAGCCCAACGGAUUCUCUUCUUGGUAGUGGUAGCGCUGGUGGUAGACGCGAGUGCGUCGUUUGUGGUGACAAGGAGGUAACAGCAGCACUUGUACCAUGUGGACACAAUCUCUUCUGUCUCGACUGUGGUAAUAGAGUUUGCGAGAGCUCUGAUCCCAGUUGUCCAGUGUGCUCCAGGCCUGUACUACAGGCACUCCGAAUUCUCUCUUAAACAGAGUCACAAUGUUUUAUCGAUGAUCCAUGGACUUUGUUUUAUUUGAUACCAUGAUUUAAUCUUUUUCUCGUCGUUAUAUUUUUUCACAUUAUUUUUCAAUUGAGCCGUUUUCAUUUUUAUUUCAAUCGAAGAGCUUUUUUUUUCGAACGAUUUGGAGACCAUCGAGAUUGAGGUGGAAGGCUCAUUCGAGGGACCCUAAAAGAGUCUGGGAAGACGCGCACAAGAUUUUCAAUUCCACACUGCUGCUGCCAAUAAGUCUUAAUGAUGAUAAUUAUUGUGAGGAUGUAGAGCGAGUUAUUUAAAAGAGAGAAAAAAAAAAAUUUCAACUCUAUGGAAACCCGGGGAAUUUCAAUGCGUUCGCUCAUUUCCCGCGUCGACCGGAUACAACGAAUCGAUUAAUAUUCCGUAGCUGUAGAUCUGCGACUUGCAAGGGCCAUUUGCCAGUUUCAUAACAAAGAAGAUUUUAAGAGAAUUCCAAUUGAGUAGAACCAAAAAAAAAAAAAGAAAAUGAUAAAAAAUAAAUGAAACAAGGAGGAAAUUCAAGGGUUUGAAGGAUUUUAGACACCGCAACCCCGUGGGUAUCAUCCUGGGAAGUGGAGGGGAGGGGGAGGGGGGGUUAUAACAAUAUAUUAAAUAUAAAAAAAGAACGAAUAGCUCAAGCGGCUCAACUUCUUCCACCCGCCAUCCCUCGCUUAGAGUAUUAUCUUUAUCUUUAUAUAAGCAACAUAGCAAUUGAAAUAAUAAUAUAUAUUAUAUAAAAAAAUUAUAAACAUAAAUAUAUAUAUAUAUGAAUAUUUUAUCGAGAAUUUAGAUUUUGUAUUUUCGCGCGUUUCGCCGACGGGAUGACUGGCGGAAGUUCGAGAUCGUCGGAUUAUAUUUAAACGAGGAACAAAAUGUAAAGAAAAAAAAAAUGACAAAAUGACAAAAAAAAGUUUAAAAAAUCAUGGAAAAAAUGAUAAAAAAUAAUAAUGUAGAAGCGAGGUAGAUUGCGGGGUUGUGGCGGUGAUUUUCUGGGUAGAGGUGUUUCUCCCGACUCUCCGUAAUUUAAACAAAAUAUAUUGAUAAGGAAAUACAAAAAAAAAAUGAACUCAUUAAAAUCGUGUGCACAUCUCCUGUUGAAGCUCGUCUCCUCGCGCCGUGUUCUCCCUUGAGUGUAAUCAUCAACUAGCAGUAAUCAGAUUGUAAGUAAUGGUAGAAAGAUGAGAAAUAAGACGCACUUUUCGAGUAGAAGACCUUCGAGGGCGCAUGUAGCUUUUAUUUCCAGAGACGUAUUAUAUUAUGAAAUAUCUAUAAAUAUAUAUCUAUAUUAGAGGAAUAUUAUAUGAGAGACAAGAAUUACGGGGAAUGUAGAUUAGGGUAAGAAUCCCAGUCUGAAGAAAUUCGUCGGACUUAUUAUUCCAUUUUUGCUUUUUUUUUGGUUAUGUCGAAUAAAUUUUCGAACGGCCCACAUGAGUUUCGUGUCGUGGUGGCGCCACUGUAUUGUUUCGAGAUUUCUCUGUAUUAUCUUGUCAAUCAUUGCCAUAUAGAUGAAUUUUCAAGUCAUGACUCGAGCGACAGCAGGCUCGAGGGUUUAACACUUAUGUGCUCAAAAUAUUAGGUUUGAAUGAACGUUCAAGACCCACCGGUGCGAGGAGAUACGAAGAGUUGCAUUCGUCUUUCGUGAUUUUUAUUAUUUCAGUUACAAUGCAUUCUCCAGUAGAUGUAGAAUCUCUUGUGCGCGAUAUGAGCGAAAAAAGAUAAAAUUAUCUCCUCAUUUAGAUUUUCUAGAUAUUUAUAAAAUUUUUUUUUAUUUCCUUCAAACGACGAAAAUAAUAUUGAUAUAAUUGAUGAAUCGUGACAGAUACGGACGGGAACUUUAAUAAAACAAUAAAAUAUUCGAAUAAUUACAAAUUUGAGUUCUCAGCGAUAGCAAACGCGUGAAAAAUCGCAUUCGACCGCACUCUAUUGUAUUAUAACAUUGUGACAGAAAAAUGAGAGACGAGAGAAGAAAAAAAAAAACUACACAGCACCAUUUGGUGGAAGAUUUAUUAUAUAUUUUCAGUUCAACGGCAAGAAUUCUAUAUUUUUUCUAUGUUACGUAUAAAAGUUUAAUGAUGAGAGUGAAGUAGAUGCUGACGAACAAGAAUUAAGGGACAUGGUGAUGACGUACAUGCAUACAUAUAUAUAUAUUUAUAGGUAUUUGUCGGUGAGCAUUAACAUUGAACAACUAUUCUCUGAUGGAAACAUAGGUGACAUGUAAUUGGGGUGUUUAAGAUAUUGUAGAUUACGCAGAGAUAAGGGAUACGGAUAAUGUCAUUCACUUCAACAUAAGUCUGAUUGCAAAGAGGAAGAUUAAUGAGAAUAUAUUAUAAUUGAAAAUAUUUGAUUGGGGCAGGGGGAGGGGAGGGAAAUAGAGCGAGACGCCAAUUAAUGCAUUUUAUCUCCGGCAGGGUGGUUUUGCAGGGCGAUCUUGAGUGCGGAUUUUUUAUUAGAUAAGAGUGAAGUGGUAAAGGAUGAUGAAAAAUUCUCAAUACAUAUACAUAUAAGAUUAUUAAUAUAUUAAAUAUAUAUAAAUUAAGAAAGAAAAGCUAAUUAUCUUUAUAACUAUAUAUUCUACGGCGCGCAGAAAUCUUUUCUUCGUUCGAUGCUUAUUUUAUUAUUAUUAUUAUUAUUAUUUUCUCUUCGUCAUAAUAAUCAUUUUAUAUUUUUCAAUUGUAAAGGUAGUUGGGUACCAGUUGGGGUGAAUUUAUUCGAGCAGAACAGCACGGCUGAGUCUCGUAUGGAGUUUAAAACUUUUGUGGGCGGUUGCCGAAUUUCAGACUCAUGUGUUUCAGUGUGCAAUUUGAAAGUCUGGAGUGACGAAUGAAUGGAGUUAUUGGUUUUUCUAUUAAUUUUGGGGGUUUUUCUUUUAACUAUUAUUUUAGAGGAGAAACAACUUAAUCUUGGAUAACUUAAUUGACUACGAAAUAAUGUUGUCGAGAACCUCCGCUAGACCUAGAAGAUUUAUCGGCUUUGAUUUUUUGAUUAAAAAUUUUUUUUUUGGGGGGGGAGGGUAAUCAAAGCUAAUCAGGGGGGGAGGUACCUUCACUUUGGCCGAGGUUCUGACAUCAAAACACCGCUCGUUGCUCAUUACUUUUCAUAAUUUUUCACCUUCACAGUCACGUGUCAUAGAAAAUCGAUCCUCAAAUAUUUCGAAGAUGACUUCCAUACGUGUUUUUGUGAUAAUCCACAAAAUUCAAUCAACAUAAUUAAUAUUGAGAAAUUUGCAAUAAUCUUCAUAUUAAAAUAUCUAGUAACAAAUAAUGUAAAUCAGUGAGAACGUGAGAGGUUACAUUGCAAGUUCGUGAGAUCCUUCUCGACACGUUUCUGAGGAUAUUAAUAUUAACAUGAGAUUAACUUAAUUAUCUAAACGAGAGAAACAAUAGGAACGUAAUGGUAUUAAGGCAUUAAACGUAAUGAAUAUAUAGCCAUUGGCUGUGACCGAUAACUGCCAUUUUUUCGUAAAAAAAGGGAAACUUAAAAGCAAAAAAAAAAACGUAAUGAGUAAAUAAAUAUGCCAAGAAUAAAGAUGUAGGAUUUUUUCUCAAAAUAGAAAAUGAUGACAAGACUAAACGUGCGAUAAUUCUGAUUUGGUGUGAUAUUUUGGCAAGAUUUCUCACGGGGUUAUGGGGCUGAUUGAAGUUUAAUGUUCACUAGUGGCUGUAGGCGCAAUUAUUAUCGGCGCGUGAUUUUUCGUAAUGGAACAUUUACCCUCAGUUAUUUCACAUUAAUUGCUGCCCCAUCUCCCCUGAGUACGAUAAGACAUUGAUUAAAACAUAUAUGAUGAUAAUAAAAGAAAAAAAAAAUGAUGAGGUUUUAGUGAACGCGAACAUGACGAUACAUAUCUCAAAGAAUAAUAAUUAAACAUAAGGAUAAACUAGUAAUAGGUCAAAUGAAGAGUGAAAAGAAAAACCUAAAAAAAGUAUAACGUAUAUGAUUUUAUCGUAAAGAGAAACAAAUAUAUAUAGAGGAAACAAAAAGUGAAAAAUGAGAAAAAAAAAAUUGAUGAUUGUUGCUUAAUUUAACUUGUCUUUACUAUAUUGUCAUAUUCUAUUUACGAGAUAUGUUAUGUAUUAUUAUGAAUGUUCGUAUAAUUGCGGUAUAUUAUUAUUACUAUUAUUCAUUAUCAUUAUUAUCAUUGCUAUUAUCGCUAUUAUGAUUAUUUAAUGAAACAUUUAAUGAAGUGUCGUAAAUUUGCUUGACGCCUUUUUUGCUUUAUUCUCGUAAAGGACUUCGUGGAAUGGCUAAUUGAUGAUCUUUCAUGAAAUAAAUAUUUUAUUUUUCUCAUCCGUGGUUAUUCAUAUUUUUCAAACGAUCCAUCAACAAUUUUUAAUGAUAAAACACUGUCAAAGUAAAUUCACUGUUGUUUUUUAACGGGUGAAUAUUGAUAUUGGAGAUUUGGUGUGCCCUUUCGGAUAUUUUUGAUAUUUCCCGAUAUUUCCUCGAUUUAGUGAUCAUUCAAACGCGAUUGCUGGUAACGAGACAAGUACGGAAAUAUAUUCCCUCAGAUAAUGCUCAAAUUGUCCCGCCACCCGCACUGAAAAUUAAAUCUAAAAACUGGAAAAAGAUCCGUCACUCAUCAAUUCGCGAGACACAAUCGCCAUUUUCUAUUUUCCAUUUCAAUUAUCAUGUUUGUCUAAUUUUUCAUUUGAGAAUAAAGAAAAAUGAGCCAGAGGAAUGAUUUGCCGAGGAGAUCGUACAGUAAUCGUAAUUGCUUACUUAUUCCCUACUUAAUUAUCAGGUUCAUUAGCAGGUCUCGAAGUCAUAGAACUAAUUGCGCAGAGUUCAUGUAGUCUAUCGGCAUAUCUUAACCGUAUUUAAUUGAUUUUAAUUUUUUAUUUUUCCUCUGACCGGCAUUAUCAUUAUCUGUACGAUAUCAGGUUAAUAUUUAGUCAAUAGCUGUUUGCAUUAGCAGUCGCUGAAUUAUUUAACUCGCAUUUAUUUUUACUAAAAAAGAAUAAACAAAAGAUUUAACGCGCAGCUUUCAGCCCACAAACUCGAUCUCAGAUAUAUAUUUUUUUUUCCUCAUUAUUAAAAUAACUUGCGUUUUCUAAUGGGUUUUAUUUCACUAUUAACACUGAUUAUCUUCAUUAAGUGCGCUGUUUCUUUCUCUAUCUCGAUAACAGUUUAUUUAAUCGUUAGUUUUCCGUUCUUUCUGAAUGUGUGAUUUUUUUUUUCUCUCGAAUGAAAGGUAAUCAAUGCAGGAUGCUGAUGACGAGUGAAAUUAUUCAAUGAAUGAACGAUAAAUCGCCGUGAAUGCACGAGUCGAAUUAUUGAGGCAACCGUUCGACAAAAUGAACAAAUUAAAUAAUUAAAAGAAAAUCAAUUGAACAUAGAAAAAGCAGUAUUUCCAAGAUGUAAUAAUACAAUCGUAAUUUAAGGAAACGAUAUUACAAGGCAGAUCGAGGGGGAGACACUUUUAUUUCAAUUCAAAUACAUCUAAUGGUGAUUAAUUAACUAAAAUUAUACAAAAAAAAAACUAAGAUGAUUUAACAAUGGUGCGCGUGUUGAGACACGUUAUUUGGGUAUUAGGAAAAAUUAUCUCGAUAUGAAAUCGAUAUGACAUUGGUGAGAGUAAAAACGAUGGGAAAAUGGAAGAAAGAAUAGUUUUUCAUUAUAGAAACAUUAUGAUUUUUUAAUUUUUCCCACCUUCAGACGCCAUUCGAUGAUGGAUAUUUAUGAAAAAUCAAUUCGUGUGAGAAUCUACGUUGAGACCAUGAACCUUUUAUCGUUUUUCGAAAAAUUCCCUAAAAUGUGUGUGUGUCGACAUGUAGAUGCCCCACGACAGGCAUUAUUAUAGUUGUCAUAUUACGAUUGAUUACGAAUUAUAAAUUAUUCAUUAUUAUAUUAUGAUUAUUAUAUAUUGAAUGUUGUGCGUAGUUUUCAUUUUUUUGCGUUUCGAGGAACACCAGCAUCAUGAGGGGUAUACGGUGAAACUGAUACAAAGAGACAUUUUAAUGACUAGAUGAUGAUAAAGAGAGAGAAAGAGCAUAAUGCGUGUGAAAAUAUUUGAUGAGAUAAAUAUGGUAAACACGAUUAUUAAUAUAUGUAGUGGAGAUAUUUUAUAUUUCGACAAUUUUCAUCAUCACACUUAUUAUUAUCACUAUUGAUAGGUUAAUUAUUAUUUUGCUGUGCUUCGAUUUUGGUGGAAUGAACAGCGAUGAUGGGGAUUAUUUGGGAUUAUUAAUUGGUAUUAAAUCAUGAUUCAUUAAUUUUUGAUGAUUUUUUUUUUCGGAGUGGAUUAUGGGACUUCAUCAUCGUCGUUCAUUUUGCUUGAGUAAGUGCCGUUCUGUUUUGUGUUUUUGUGUUUGUAUAUAAUUUAUCAACCGCCACAAAUCAACUCGUCAUCAUAAUCAUCUAAGUAUUCUGUUCCUCUCGCAAGUUUUUCUUUCCCUCUAGCGAGAGAGUGUGAGAUAGUGAAAAAAAAAAUAAAUAAAAAAUAGUGAGGGCGAGAUAAUAGAGGGAGUGAGGUUGAAGGAAAUAAGCGAAUUAUAAUAAAGAGUGAUGUCGGAGAGUGGGACACGAGCCCAGUGUUCGCCUAAUCGCGUGAUGUUAUUUAUUAUUAUUAUUUUUUAUGAGGAAUCCUAGUUUUGCAAAUGGAAAGGUUGAAUUUGGGUCUGAGGAUUUAUAUCUUCUUUUCCUUCGUUUGUGUUUAUUAUUAUUUUCACCCCUUUCUCCUGGUUUUCAUUAUUAUUUUCUCUUUUCUGCGGGCAUCUUGCCUUAUUCAGUUGAGAGAUAUAUUAUUUUUUUUAUAUUUUUUUUUUUUAUUUUGUUCAGAUUUUAUGAUUUUUCAAUUCAAAAUCUGCCAGACGCUAUUGACUGACACGUGUUUUGCAUUUACAAUACAUUAUCUUCCCGUAAAAUAAAAUAAAUGGACAAAAAUCAUGAGAGAAAUGAAUAUAUUGAGGAGAGAAUCUUGAGUAUUUAUUUUUGGGCAUUAUUCGACAGUCAUUGAGAAAAAAAGACUUUUCUGCUCUCGUGAAAGAUAAAUUGAGUAAAGGAUUAAAUGGUGAAUGGAAUGAGACAGCGAAAAGAAAUAGUGUAAAUGCAAAUAUAAAUUACCCGCAGCAAAGACAAA